CACAAACUCAAGCAAGCUAAGGAGAGAAAAUGGAGGCGGAAAGGAUUCAGGAAUUGAAGGGUUUGGUGGAUUUCUGCAAACUGAACCCACAUGUCUUACACACUCCAACUCUUGCAUUUUUCAAGAACUUUCUACAAAGUUUUGGAGCUCGAUUUCCGGCGAUUGGAGGAUCGAGCAAUGACGGUGAUGACCAUGAAGAUAAAAAGCCGUUUGCUUCAAGGAAGCGUGAUGCACCAAUGGAGGAUACCUUAAAUAAGGACAUUGUUGAAUCUGACGCUGAGUUAGAUAAGUCAGACAUUGUGGAGCCUGGCAAUGAUCCUCCACGGAAACUGGGUUGUGUUGAAGUAACCGAAGAUGAUCAAGAAGCUGAUCAGUUAUCGAAAGCAAAAGCUCUGGAAGCACUCGCUGAAGGAGAAGUCAUCCUGAUUCAUUCUGGUAGCGACUUGGAUGAGAAACUCGAUGCUGCUUCAAAGGCAUCUCGGCUUUCAGUUCUCUACUUCACCGCAACAUGGUGUGGGCCCUGCCUUUAUGUCGGCCCUGUUUUCACUAGCUUGGCGGCUAAAUACCCGAAAGUCGUUUUCUUGAAAGUGGACAUCGACAAGGCUAGACAGGUUGCUUUUGAAUGGGACAUUAGUAGCAUCCCGACCUUCUUCUUCAUCAGAAAUGGUGAGGAGGUGGAUCAGCUCGUCACCGUGGACAAAAACGCGCUCGAGCAGAAGAUUGCUCAGCAUGCUUGAUUGAUUGUGUUGGAACAACUAUCUACAUUUGAUCUAUAGAACUACAUUUUUUGGAACUGUGCAUUACAAAUAAUUCUCCUUUGUUAUUUAUGUUCGGAUAUUACAUGUGAGUUGUCUCACGUUAUAAAUGUGAAGGAAAAAAAAGAGAUCAAUUACAUACCGAGUGAGCCACUCUUUUUUUUGUAUUACCAAUUAAUUUUCGAAUGGAACCUCAUAAAAGUCCGGCUAGUCUUCCUUUAA